UGGACUUUGACCCAGUGAGUCCCCGGUUGGCAGUUGAACCGUGGUGAGAUGAGCAAGCCGAACCAGAAUGAACACUCCAACCUGAAGGAAUCUCCUCAGGCCAAUGGGGACAUCCAGAACACCCAGGGUCAGUACCGGUCCAUAUCCCCGCCGGCCUCACCAGUGGCCGGAACACUGGACGAUGAGCAAUUUUCCACAUACUUCGAGGAGAAUAUUCCCAUCCCGGAUGAUGUCACAAAGACUUUCAGUUUUCGCAAACUCUGGGCCUUUACGGGACCAGGUUUCUUGAUGAGCAUUGCCUAUCUGGACCCAGGAAACAUUGAGUCUGAUCUACAGUCUGGAGCUAUAGCUGGCUUUAAGCUCUUGUGGGUGUUGUUGGUGGCCACCAUCAUAGGCCUCCUUCUGCAGAGGCUGGGUGCACGCCUGGGGGUCGUCACAGGGAUGCACCUCGCAGAGGUCUGCCACCGCCAGUACCCUGCUGUUCCACGUAUCAUCCUGUGGUUGAUGGUGGAGUUGGCCAUCAUUGGCUCAGACAUGCAGGAGGUCAUCGGCUGUGCCAUUGCAUUCAAUCUCCUCUCUGUGGGCAGGAUUCCACUUUGGGGUGGUGUCCUCAUUACUAUCACUGACACCUUUGUGUUCCUCUUUCUAGAUAGAUUUGGCCUGAGGAAACUUGAACUAUUCUUUGGGUUUCUAAUCACCAUCAUGGCAAUAAGUUUUGGGUAUGAGUAUGUGAAGGUGGGUCCGGACCAGGGGGAGCUGCUGAAGGGGAUGUUUCUGCCCUACUGUCAGGGCUGUGGCACUCCCCAAAUGGAGCAGGCUGUCGGUAUUGUAGGAGCUGUCAUCAUGCCUCACAACAUCUACCUGCAUUCAGCCCUUGUCAAGUCUCGGCAGAUAGAUCGUCGAAAUAAUGAGGAAGUGAAGGAGGCCAACAAAUACUACUUCAUUGAGUCCACUAUCGCCCUCUUCGUCUCUUUCCUCAUCAAUGUCUUUGUUGUAGCUGUGUUUGCUGAGGCCUUUUACAAAAAAACCAACAAGGAAGUGAACUUACAGUGCAAUGCAUCAGGCAGUCCACACACAGAACUCUUCCCAAUGGACGAUAACCCACUGGAGGUGGAUAUUUACAAGGGGGGGGUGGUGCUGGGCUGUUUCUUUGGCUCUGCAGCCCUCUACAUUUGGGCUGUUGGGAUCCUGGCUGCUGGACAGAGCUCUACCAUGACAGGCACCUACUCUGGACAGUUUGUCAUGGAGGGUUUCCUGAACCUGCGUUGGUCCCGUUUUGCUCGGGUUCUGCUGACCCGGUCCAUUGCCAUCUUCCCCACAUUGCUUGUAGCCAUUUUCCAGGAUGUUCAACACAUGACUGGCAUGAACGACUUCCUCAAUGUGCUGCAGAGCCUGCUGGUGGGUGAGACUCAACAGAUGAAGACAGGGUCUAAGAUCAAGCAGCUGCCGUUUGCUCUGAUCCCCAUCCUGACCUUCACCAGUAUGACGUCCAUAAUGGAUGACUUCGCUAAUGGACUGUUCUGGAAGAUUGGUGGCGGGGUGGUCGUCUUGAUUGUCUGUGCCAUUAACAUGUACUUUGUGGUGGUGUACGUGCAAAGCCUGGACAGUGUGGCGCUCUAUGUAUUGGCGGCCUUUCUCUGCAUAGCAUACCUGUGCUUCGUGUGCUACCUGGCUUGGCAGUGUCUGAUAGCCCUGGGGAUCUCCUGUCUGGAUGUUUCUUGUCUGAGCGGAGGUGUAAGCAACAACCGACCUGCUUUGCUUAUUGAGGAACAGCCAGCGUACGACACCUAAAAACUGAUCAGGACAGCAAUUUAAAGGACAAGACAGACAAACAGACGUCAGCGAAUUGAAUCAUGGGGAAAAGAAAAUGGCAUCUUAAUCAAAGACCAGGCAACUGCUUUGUGUGGCUCACAUGGGUGUUGGUCUGUCUUGUCCUUCAGGGCUUGGGAGGUGUUCAGCUUUUGUAGAGGGAAUUUAGAGACAUCCCAGUAUUUUUUAUCAUGAGAUCCACUAUUUUUAGAACCUCUCCCCCAAUGUUUUCCAUGGUUAGCCAGAUGAGCCAGUCGGUGUGUGUGGUUCUUUUGAAGUUUAUUAUGUCAAACCCAAUGACAACAAAUAGACGCCUUCCUGUUUAGAGGCCUCCCUGUCCUUUGGGAGGAUUUUCAACUGUAAGGCAUCAUUCCUUCUACAUUAAAUCUUUUGUAUGCUCAUUCUCAAGGGUGUAACUUGUUCUCAUGAUAAUGCAGUAGAAAACAACUUUUUAGUUGCCCUGAAAUAAUGCAAUAAUGUGUGUAUAUGUACAUUAUAAAAACAGUACCAGUCAAAAGUAUAUUGUGUAUACAGUACCAUUUUGACUGGUACUGCAUACACAAUAAAGGUCUGCAUGUGAAAAUGUCUGAUCUGGAGUAAUGGAAACCUGAUGCAUAAUAAGCCUAAGUCUAUGAAGUAUGUUUGGUAAUUAUCUGUAUUUACAUUAUUGUACCUGUGUUUGUGAAGAUACAUUUAUGAUUAUUUUCUGUAUUUGCUG